AUGGCCGGAUUCGCACAAACUAUCUACCAGACCCUCUUUCAGCGAAAUGCUGUCUACUUGACCAGCAUCUUCGCCGGCGCCUUUGCCUUUGAGGUUGCCUUCGAUACCGCCUCCAACAAGAUCUGGGACACCAUGAACCGAGGCCGUCAAUGGAAGGAUAUCCGCCACCAGUACAUCCAGAAGGCCGAGGAGGACGAGGAUGAGGAAUAG